CAGGGCGUGCGUCAGGAGCGCAGGUGUGACUCCCUCAGUGCGCUGCCUCCCUCUCUCCUCGAGGAUCGAGUUCAAGACGGGCAAUCAGUUUAGGAAGUUCAGCCAGAGGCGAGUUUGGACUUUUUUUGAAUUCUCACCUCUCGAGCGUCAAUCGGUUUGGACAGCUGAGGAGAGACAGAAAGAGAAGGAGAGUGAGAGAAGAAGAGAUAGAGAGGGAGAAAGAGAGAGAAAGUGGGGAGCGCACAAAAAAAGGGAGAAACAACCUUGGAACGUUACGGAUGCAAACGUGCCUCCUCUGGUAAAACACUGAGUAACCGGACUUCAGCUGUGAAGAUAUUGUUUUUUAAGAACUGAAGUUCAAGUGAACAGACAGAGGACCACCAUGAGGAAAGCUUCCUAUCCAGUGAGAUCCGCCAGCGCCCGAGCGAGAAGAACAGACAGAGAGGGAUCUGGCAUCACCAGUCCCACACUGAAACGGUCGUUUGAGGUGGAGGAGGCGGAUUCAUCCACGCACCCCUCGCCCCUGACUCGUCGGACCACCAACCCUCUCCGCUCAUCGACCAGCUCCACAUCCAGCCAGCGGAGCUACGACAUGAGCUCCCGCAACUCUGACUACUCCUCCUCCUCCAGAUCUUCCCCCUCCGAGUCCUCCAACCCACGUUCCCCAAACACCGGCAUGAGGCGCAUUGAGUUGUCAGGGGGUCGCAACCCCGACACAGCCUCUUCCCGCCGCACAGAAAUCUCCAUUGAGGUCUCCUCCAAGCAAAUUGACAACUCGCCCAGCGCCGGCAUCGCCCGCUUUGGCCUCAAGCGACCUGAGGUGACCCUGGGCAGUCGGAGCACCCCUCUCGACAGCUCCUCCAACUCCAUCUCCACUUCUUCAAACAGGCGUGCAGAGCUCGCCAUGACACGGUCCAGUGAACCCCCCGCCCCUCCGAGGAGGAUGGAUGCCCAGUUGUCCUCUGCCCCAGUCUCUAGGAUCCCUGACCCCCCUCAGAGAAAAGCAGAGACCCCGUCCCCCAUCCUCAGCCCUGCUGAUGGAGUCUCCCGGAAGCCAGAGAUGCCGGUCUUCAGACAGCCGGACGGUUUAGUGCCAGGCAGCACACUGGAGAACAACAACAACAACCACCCGCCUCCUGCCCCUAGCGCUCCCCUGCCUUCCCUGGCAGAGCCCCGGGUGGAGAGGGUGCAGUUGCCCAUCGCAGAGACACCCACGUCCCGACCAACAGACAGGCCAGAGGUGAUAUCCAGCUACAGUGGCAUGACCAUGUCUGAGGCGGUGAUGCCUGAUGCUGUGGUGUCCACACCGAUGGGCGGCCUGUACGGGGAGAAGGUGGGUGGCCCUGUGGUGGACUUCAGUUACGUUGGGAUCGACGCCAUUCUGGAACAGAUGAGGAGGAAGGCCAUGAAGCAGGGUUUUGAGCUCAACAUUAUGGUUGUGGGACAGAGUGGCCUGGGAAAGUCUACUCUGAUGAACACGCUGUUCAAGUCUAAAGUCAGCCGUAAGUCGGUGCUGGCUACUGCCCAGGAGAAGAUCCCCAAAACAAUCGAAAUUAAGUCCAUAAGUCACGACAUUGAGGAGAAGGGAGUGAGAAUGAAGUUGACGGUCAUUGACACUCCAGGCUUCGGCGACCAGAUCAACAAUGAGAACUGCUGGCAGCCUAUCAUGAAGUUCAUUAACGACCAGUAUGAGGCGUACCUGCAGGAGGAGAUCAACAUCAACAGGAAAAAAAGGAUCCCAGACUCCAGAGUUCACUGCUGCAUAUACUUCAUCCCCCCGACCGGACACUGUCUGCGGCCUCUUGAUGUAGAAUUCAUGAGACGUCUCAGUAAAGUGGUCAACAUUGUCCCAGUCAUUGCCAAGGCAGAUACACUCACCCUGGAGGAGAGGGACUUCUUCAAAAAGAAGAUCAGGGAAGAGCUACGAGCCAACGGGAUUGACGUGUACCCUCAGAAGGAAUUUGACGAGGACGCAGAGGACAGAAUGAUCAACGAGAAGAUCAGGGAGAUGAUCCCAUUUGCUGUGGUGGGCAGUGACCAGGAGUACCAGGUCAAUGGCAGGAGGCUGCUGGGGAGGAAAACCAAGUGGGGAACCAUUGAAGUUGAGAACAUAGCCCACUGUGAGUUUGCCUAUUUAAGGGAUCUCCUCAUCAGGACCCAUAUGCAGAACAUUAAGGACAUCACCAGCAGCAUCCACUAUGAAAUGUACCGCGUGAGGCGCCUCAAUGAGAACAACUCGGUGGUGGCGCACGCCAACGGAAUCCCAGAGCAUCAUCUCGCCGCCCAUGAGAUGUAGACGCAAGCUGCCGGGCCGCUGUCGACCUCAGCUGUGUGCGACUCACCUGCUAUGAGACUUUUACCUUCAUCGACAGCCCCCC